AAACCCUCCAAUCUCCGACGACGAUGGGGACCCUGGGCAGAGCAGUCUACACCGUUGGAUUCUGGAUCCGCGAGACCGGCCAAGCCAUUGACCGCCUCGGUUCCCGCCUCCAAGGCAACUACUACUUCCAAGAACAGCUGUCGCGGCAUCGAACGCUGAUGAACGUGUUCGACAAAGCUCCGGUGGUCGAUAAGGAGGCGUUUGUGGCGCCCAGUGCAUCGAUCAUAGGCCAAGUUCAGGUGGGCCGAGGUUCCUCCAUUUGGUACGGUUGCGUUUUGAGAGGCGAUGUUAACAGCAUCAGCAUUGGGUCUGGGACCAACAUUCAAGACAAUUCCCUUGUUCAUGUGGCAAAAUCUAACUUGAGUGGCAAGGUUUUGCCUACCAUUAUCGGAGACAAUGUCACUGUAGGCCACAGUGCUGUCUUGCAUGGAUGUACUGUGGAGGAUGAGGCAUUUGUAGGCAUGGCUGCAACCUUGCUCGAUGGGGUUUAUGUCGAGAAACACGCCAUGGUUGCUGCCGGAGCUCUUGUAAGGCAGAACACAAGGAUCCCCUGUGGAGAGGUAUGGGGAGGGAAUCCAGCAAAGUUCCUGAGGAAGCUCACAGAAGAUGAGAUGGCCUUCAUCUCCCAGUCAGCCUUAAACUAUUCCAACUUGGCUCAGGUUCAUGCAGCUGAGAAUGCAAAGCCCCUCGAUGAGAUAGAGUUUGAGAAGGCGCUGCGAAAGAAGUUUGGACGCCAUGAUGAGGAAUAUGACUCUAUGUUGGGUGUCACUCGUGAGACACCGGCAGAGAUUACUCUUCCUGAUAACGUAUUGCCACCUAAGUCUGCUUAAGCAAGUACGACUAUUAAUGAUGUUGGUAAGGGUACCACCUCUUGAGAUUUAGUGUAAGUGAGUGUUUUGUUUAUGUGCGGAUUUAUGGCGAAUGGCUGCUUUACAUUUCGAAUAAUUUUUGGGGUCGGCUGAAGUGUGAAGGUCAAAACAUGAAGAAUAUCUCUAGCAUAUGGCUCUGCCCGUCCUUUCUGAUUGAUCAGCAACUUUCUCUUCUGUUUUUGAGAAGAAAAAGAAAACUGCUGUAAUGGAACGUUUCGAUAUUCUUAAUGAAGUGCUACAAUUUACACUAAA